AUGGCACUGGGCCGAAUUGCGCAUUACGCUAUUGACGCUGCCCUUUUGUCAACCGUCCUCGCUGGGAUUCGUCGGUCUAGUGGCUUCACGCCUGACACUAACUCUAUAUCGGAUGCCACGAUGCGCAGUGUGGCAGAACGCUUCCUUGGCUUUGGUGAAACCGUAUUCGAUAUGGCACAAGCCACAGCCGUAAACAGCCAGUAUUUCAGGAAGGAUAAGAGAUAG